GAGUGCAGUCUUUUAUUAGCCCUGGUUGGUGUUAGUCUCUUCAACACUGAACAAGCAAAAGGUAUCUCAGCCCUCGGUAUCAUGGCAGGAGAGGGAGUCACUAUUUCCCAUUGGGUCUCAUGUCCGGUGCGCUACCAGGAGCACUUUAAAACCAGGAAUCUUAACGAAUGCACCACAGAUCAUCGACUGUUUGCCCUGCCAGGACCCGAAUGCCCUCCAGUUAGGGUGGACACUGGAGUGGUACAAGCAGACAGUGAGGACCAAGACUCGGGACAGCCGCUGUUUCAAGUCCUGCUGGACGUGACUCAGUUUAAACCAGAAGAUAUCCUUAUACAAGUGUUUGAAGGGUGGCUGAUAAUCCGUGGUCGACAUGGGGAGAGGAUGGAUGAGCAUGGGUUUGUGUCGCGGGGUUUCACCAGACAGUAUCAACUGCCUGACUGCCAGCUCCAGGCACGAGACCUGAAAGCCAUACUAUGUCAUGAUGGGAUACUAGUAGUGGAGACCAAAGACAGAUGGUGGUCAGCGUGUGAUUAAAUACAACAAUUAAAGAAGCAGAACUUUGUUCAAUAGAUGUUUUUAAAGUUGUAUUUACCUUACUGUGCUCAUUUCUCAGAAAGUUUGACCACAUAGUGCUUAGCAGCAACAAUGUAAUAUAAAAAAAAUAAAGGCUGCCAAAACAAA